UCCCGGGUCCAGUAUUCUGCCAUCGGGACCCUUAAGUUUCCUUGGAGGUCCCGCUUUUCCCAGGUUGCUGCUGAGACACUCAGGUUGGAAACAUGAAUUUCUACCUGUGUUUAGCUUCCCUAUGCUUGGGAUUAGUGGCUGCCACUCCACAAUUUGACCAGGCUUUAGAUUCUCAGUGGUACCAAUGGAAGGCACAACAUAGGCGGACUUAUGAAGCGAAUGAAGAUGGUUGGAGAAGAGCAACAUGGGAGAAGAAUUUGAAAAUGAUUGAAAUGCACAAUCUGGAAUACAGCGCUGGCAAGCAUAGUUUCCAGAUGGGAAUGAACAAGUUUGGUGACAUGACUGCUGAAGAAUUCAAACAAGUGAUGAAUGGCUAUAACUCCAACAGAUCACAGAGGAGGACCAAAGGAUCUCUGUAUCAUGAACCUCUCUUUGCACAGGCCCCUAAAUCUGUAGAUUGGAGAAAGAAAGGCUAUGUAACUCCUGUUAAAAAUCAGGGUCAGUGUGGUUCUUGUUGGGCAUUUAGUGCCACUGGCUCCCUUGAAGGUCAGUGGUUCCAUAAAACAGGCAAACUCGUUUCACUUAGUGAACAGAACUUGGUUGACUGCUCUUCUUCUGAAGGCAACAGUGGCUGUGGUGGUGGUUUGAUGGACAACGCCUUCACAUAUGUGAAGGACAACGGCGGCAUUGAUACAGAGCAAGCCUAUCCUUAUAUUGGACAGGAUAGCGAAUGCAAAUACCGGCCAGAAUGCUCUGGUGCUAAUGUCACUGGAUUUGUAGACAUUCCAUCUGGGCAAGAAAGAGCACUCAUGAAGGCUGUAGCAAACGUGGGACCCAUCUCAGUUGCUAUUGAUGCAGGAAAUCCAUCCUUCCAGUUCUAUCAGUCUGGUGUUUAUUUUGAACCACAGUGCAGCAGUUCACAACUGGAUCAUGGUGUGCUGGUUGUAGGCUAUGGUACUGAGGGAAAAAGUGGAAAGAAAUUCUGGAUUGUCAAGAACAGCUGGGGUGAAGAGUGGGGUGACAAAGGGUACGUUUUAAUGACCAAGGACAAGGAUAACCACUGUGGAAUAGCAACAGCAGCCAGCUACCCUGAAGUGUGAUUUGAAUCUGAGGAGAACCACUUAAGAAAGAUUUUUUUAUUUGAAAGCAGGAUCUGACCUGUAUCUUCGAGAUAAAACACUUGAAUGUAGCCCAGGAUCCAAAUUAUAAUUUGAGUUCCUUGUGACAUUUUUUACAUUUGUGAAAUGUAAACACUACUUUGUUAUAAAUAGCUUGUAAUAUUGCUUAAUUCAAAGACUUAUAAAUUUUUCAUUUUAAAAUUGUAUGUAUAAAGUUUUACCUUUUUAAAUAAACCUCAAUUCAUUGUAUAUGCACUUUGGAAGAGCUGAUUAAGAAGAGAAUCGGGUUUCUAGUUUUUUUGUCCUAGAAUUGGGAAUCAGUGAGUAGCUACAAAUAGUUUUUGGGAUUAAAUCCAAUAUUUUGUACUCUACCUCAUUACAACAUUAAAGGUGAAUCAAUGACUCCAA